AUGGGUAACGCCAGCGGCGGAGAGACGACAACAUCGCCCUCCGUAAUGUUUACCUCAGCUACAGGACGAUCCCUGUUUGCUACACUCCUCAUCAGCUUCGCCACCUUUAACAUACGUGGCCUCGGUUCUUGUGAUGAUCCAGACGACAUCCACAGCAAACGGGAGCAACUGGGUACCGAUUGUCUACGGUACGGCAUAGAUAUCUGCGCUAUUCAGGAGACUAAGGUUGUAAAACCGGAUUCUUGCAGUCUUAGCAACGGAUACAAACUCUUAUUGUUUGAGCAGAAAAAUGGCCGGCACUAUGGACUCGGUUUUGUUAUCAGUCCCCGAUUUAUUGACUAUGUGGUAUGCUGGAACAGUAUCAGUGAUCGAGUAAGCUUUUUGGACCUAGAACUCCCUACAAAAUCAGGAAAAUUUAUCAAAUGUAGGGUGGUCAAUGUAUAUGGGCCACACAAGAAACUUGCAGAAAAUGAUCAACAACUGUUGAUCAACUUCUACGGCCAAGUUAGGGACGCUCUAAAUGUCCCUGCUAAUGUUGAGAUAUUUGUUUUGGGGGAUUUUAAUUCAAAGUUGGGAAAAAUGACUACUUCAGAUAAGGACUUUGGUUUUGGUCGUUUCAUGGGUAAACAUGGUAUGGGUUUGCGCAACGAUAUGGGGGAAAACUUGUUAGACUUGUUAUCAGAAUUUGACCUCUUUGCCUCCAACACUGGUUUUUAUCAUCCUGCUCGACAUACGACCACCUACACUGGCUGGAGGAAGGACUGGAGUGCCGGGCGAAAUAGUAAAAAGACGAUCCCGGUCUAUUCUCAGAUCGAUUUCAUCCUGUGUCGGAGUAGGUCGAAGCCAAUGCUACAAGAUUCUAGAUCUUAUGCAGGCACUUUGACAUACUCUGAUCACAGAUUUGUUGUCACUAGAGUAGACUUUAAGGACAUCUGUCUUUGCUAUAAACGCCACUCCAAGACAUCCUUAAAGUUCAACACCUCUGAACUCACCUCGAACCCCACCAUUCAGGUGAAAUAUCGUCAAUCCUUAGAUGAUAACUUAAGUAACACUGUUUCUGCUCUGGAUCCAAAUUCAGACUUGAAUGGCUUACUUGAGUCCAUAAAGGAUGCUGCAAAAUCGUCAAUUGGUGUCAUCAGACACAGGAAACGUAAUCGCAGCGACGAUGAUGCAGAUAACCUUGUGACGCAUUGA